AUGCUGCUGUUCCUGUUGGUUGCCGUGUUGGCUGCUGCUGUACACGCUGAUUGUCCAGUUGGUACCAUUUCACAUCCGGAAUUCGGAAGAUGCUACAAGUUCGUCACGGAUCACCAACCAUUCUAUAUGGCUGAAGAAUCGUGUCAAGCUAUUGGCGGACAUUUAGUAUCAGUAGAGAAUGGCUUCGAAAAUGCAAUGUUAGCAGAAACUGCUUCAUCGCAAAACCUCGGCACAUCAUUCUAUAUUGGAUAUAACCGUAUGGUAAGCAGUACAUGGUCGUGGAUCGAUGGCUACAAUGCUUCCACUUUCACUAACUGGGGACCAGGCCAACCUGACACUUCAUCUCAAUGCACUGUCGAAGCACUGAACGGGACAUGGUAUUCCGUGAACUGUGCCAGCUCUCAUCCGUACGUGUGCGCGUUCACCUCCAACAUCCCACCGGUUACGUGCCCCACAUGUCCCGCAUUGCCAACAUGCCCUGCGGCACCUCGACAACCUGGACAUUGUCAGAAUGGUUGGAGCUAUUUCAACAAGACUGACUCUUGCUACAGGUAUUUCCUCUGGGCAACAUUUGAAAAUGCGGAAGAAGUCUGCGCGUCUAACGGCGGUCAUCUGGCAUCAAUCCAUAGUCCAGAAGAGAACACUUUUGUAGCAGAUAUCUCGAAGUCUGGGACUGAAUACAAAAGCGACGCUGAUCUCACAUGGAUUGGGCUCACACAGGCCAACUAUCCUCAGGAUACAAAGUGGACAUGGACUGAUGGGACCCCCGUUGACUAUGUGACAUGGGCUCCAGGACAACCGGAUAACUAUAAAGGGCUGGAACAUUGUGGUCAGACCCAUAGCGACUAUAUUGGCAAGGAUCCGGCUAAGGACAAUAACUAUCAGCAUUGGAAUGACUGCGAAUGCACCACCGAGAUGCGAGCUUACGUUUGUAAGAAGGCGGCUAUGCACUAA